AUCAGUAAUCAGUAUUCAGUAUUCACUAUUCAGUAAUUUUCAUUUUCUACGGACCAUGGGUCCGUGUGUUUCAUUAUAUUUAAUUUGAUUUAAUUUAAUAAUCUAAGCUUUAUUUUUUAAUGAGUCGUUGUAAUAUUGAACAUUUGAAAAAUACAGUUAGUCUGUUGUGAAGACGACUUUAUACUUAAUUUGUUCCAGUUUCGUCUUUCUCGUCGAACGGGUAAAUAGCCACUGCGUAUAACUUAUUACCUACUAUAAUAUAAUGUCUGAGAAAGAAGCACCGGUACGUGGUAUGCCUAAAUGUGGACGAUUUUGGAAAACACCUAAAACUAAAUUUUCGUCCAUCAACAAAACUAAAGGUUUAAAAUUGUCUUUUGAACGCAAACAAAAACUAAGAGAAGACAUUAAGAAAACUAGAGAGUUGUCUAGAACCUUAAUCAAUGAAAGAAAUGCAGAAAAUGAAGCUAGAAAAGAAAGAAGACGUGAAAACAUUAAACGGCGUGCAGAAAAUCAAAGAAAAUCUGAAGUUGUUCAAGUGAUUAAGAAUCCUGCCAAAAUCAAAAGAAUGAGGAAAAAGGCAAUGAGGCAAAUUGAAAAAAGGGAUACAUUAAAUAUCAAAUAAUAUGUUAAUUUUUGAAAUAUAACUAAUACAUAAAUGUAAUAUAAAAUAUACUAUAAAUAUAA